UAGCACUGUCAAGGCAAAAAUGAAGACGUUAAGAGGUGCUGGCGUCGUCACGGCUUUCACUCUCUUUGGCGAUGUCAAGGAUGAGAUUGACUAUGAGUUUGUAGUAUGGAUCUGUUAUGAGUCUGCUGGCACACUCGGUGAUCUUUUUCGCCACCACCUUGUCUCCAGCCUCCCGAGCCGAGCCGAGUGGAUCUUGGCGUUGAGCUAUGUCUGGGGCAAGGUUCUGAUGCGAAAGGCCCUUAAGGCAAACAUGCUGACACUGGAGCAACCAGGUGCUCUCAGCCAAGAGUUCGCCGCCAAGAUCCCAGCCACAAUCCAACGCACGCCACACGCCUAUCUGCAAGGUCGCGCUGUCCUGGCUCUCGCCUGUCGUCUUGCUCUUGGUGCUGAGGGCGAUUGGAUGACUGUGUAG